CUGGUUCUCAUACAAGAGGAUCCAAAAUGUAUGGCCAUUUCAAUGCUCAAGUUCAUUGUUGCUGACUGGCUCAUUCUCAUCAAAUACAUGGCCACAAUGCUAAGUCUGAUCGAAUGGAGCUUUGAGAGACCGACAGACUCCCGCGGCGACAUAAUUGCUGGCAUGGAGAAUCAGCUCCGGAAGCUCUCGCCUUGGAGAAGAAACUUUGUGUACUACGAGACGAUGAUUGCUGAGUCGAUAGCACAACUCUUCCCAAGCGAAUUCGAGAAGUCUAGCGAUCCGACCAACAUAGACUGUAAAAUCGAUGGCUUGAAGCUGUCAGGACUGCACGCUCUGUAUGCCGACUUCAAGAACGUCGAACGUCUAAUGAAGGAAGCCAAGUCCCGACUCCAAAGCAUGGAGAUAAAAUUUUCUUCUGCAAUCAGUUUUGCCGACAGCCGCAGGGCGGACAGCUCAAUGAAACAAAACCGUAGUCUUGGUCGGAUCACAAUUUUGGCAACUGUGUUUCUGCCACUGAACUUUGCAUCAAGCUUCCUCAGCAUGUCUCCAGACUUCUCCGCAAAUACCGAUACAUUCUGGCUCUUCUUCGCACUCGGAAUACCACUUACGCUGAUUGUGGUGGUCUUUGUGCUGAUUACCAGGCACGGUACCGAGUCAUUGACUAAUGCCUUGCUACAGCCGUGGAGGCGCGGAAUGUCAUCGGAAACGCCUAGCAAAGAAUCCAUGGAGUCUCAUCAAGCAGCUGGGAUCAGAAGAGCCACAACUAUUCCAUGGUCGACUGGAGCGAAUGAAAGACAUACACGAAGCUGGAGUCAGCCAUUCCGGGAUCGAGCAUAUAUGUAAAUAAUGAAAUGGGUGGCAUUUCCGAAGCUUUGGGGCUGAACUAUAGUUAGCAUAAGCAUAAGCAUGACAUAGAGCAGCGCAGUG